AUGAGCUCCGGCGACAGCUCCUCGGCAGGCCCAUGGCCGCCUGCCCGGCUGUCCAAGAGGGGUAAACUGCGCAACGGCACAUUUGUCAUCCCUACCACCGGCGAACGCUCCAGACGCCAAUUCACCCUCCGAACAUCAAGCAGCAUAGCAUCGGGCAGCACCGGCAGGAGGCUGGAACGACGAUCGUCCAUGGGACAGGCUACCGACAGCAUUCGCUGGUCGGCACGCGUCGCAAAGGCGAGGGCCAAGUCCGUUUGGCAAUGGCUAAACUCACGCGACGGCCACCAAGUGCUCAAGUGUACGCUGGCGUACCUCCUCGGCAGCACUGCUACCUUCUGGCCUCUUCUGUCCGACUUCCUUGGCCACCGAGACGGCAAACACAUCGUUGCUACGCUGACGGUUUACUUCCACCCAGCGCGUACCGUAGGAUCGAUGCUAGAAGCCGUAUUCAUAGCCCUCAUUGCCGUGGCGUAUGCGGAUAUCGUUUGCGCCUUGUCCAUGGUUGCGGGAAUUGCUUCGCGAACGAGCACGGGGUCUGUCGUCCCUGCACACGCCGUCGUAUUAAUCAUCUUUGUUGGGGGAGGGUUAGGGUUCGUUGGAUGGGUUAAACAGAGACUGAACCAGCCUCUUGUCAACGUGGCUACAACACUUGCGUCCAUGGCCAUUAUUACCGUCAUUACCAAGGAGCAGUCAGUGCAGGACGGCUUCUUCUCUGGAGAUAAGAUUGUCCAGGUGAUCAAGAUGCUGUGUGUGGGCAUCAUAUUCUCCGUGGCCGUUAAUUUGCUGGUAUGGCGCCUUUCCGCCCGACGAGUUUUGCGCGAGGCGGUCGUCACAGCGUCGGUAUGCAUGAGCGACAGACUGUCCAUCAUCACAAGGGGCUUCUUGAAUGGGACUGAAGACGAAAUUAAUUCGCCAGUCUACGCUCAGGUACGAAGCAAUUUCACUUCGGCUUAUACGGAAAUGUCCAAGAGUCUGCGCGAAGCCAAACUAGAGCAUUAUUUCAUGGGCCGAGAAAAGAUCUAUAAGCUGGAUAAGCGUCUCUUCAAAGCUGUCGAGUCUGUGUAUCAGGCCAUUGGUGGUUUGCGAAGUUCGCUAUCAACUCAGAUCGCACUUUUGAGCGAAGCACCCGUGCUCUCGCAGGAACCUGGUGUAUUGUCUCCCGGAGCAUCCAUUAUGUCCCCAAAAUUUCGGCGAACCGCCUCGCUCAUCCUGGACAGUACCGGCGACUCCUUGUCUGUCAUUGAAGAAGAUGACGAGGACCAAAGGCUGACAUUGCUUGCGCAAAGUGAGCCCACGCUUUUUAGCUCUUCCCUGUUCCGAACACCAUCCGACAUAUUUUCGCUAUUCAUAACUAUGCUUGGCCCUUCUCUCAAGUCUCUAGCAUACACGCUCUCUGAAACGCUUCGAGAGUCGCCCUUUGGAGACGACCCAGUGACACAAGUUAAAGUCAACGACCACCUUCGGGAGAGUCUGCGGGAUGCCAUAAAUCUGUUCAACCGUGCAAAAAGCAACGCGUUGCAGGAGCUUUACAAGACAGUGGAGCUCGAGCGCUCACGGUCCGCAGCGAUCCAGGCUGAUAUUGAAGAAGUCGCCGCAGCUUGUGGCCACUUUUCCUUUAGUCUCCAAGCUGUAGCAGACGAAAUGGACUCUUAUCUAGAUGUACUCGAGGAGCUGCAGCACGUCACUGAAUCACACUCCCGCAGCUGGGAGUGGCUCAAAUUCUGGAAACGAACACUGCCGCCAACCCUCUCCGACGACCCAGAGUGCGAAUCUCUCCUCCAAAAAAGAAAGACCACCGUUCGUGGUUUGAAGAAAUCAGCAGUCCCAAAGGGCAUCCCUGAUUCUAUGAGAAAACGGCGAGACUCUUUCCACUGGGAUGCAGCGCCGAGUGCAAGCUCCUUCCAGCGCAAACUGUCCCAGAAGGUGCUCGGGGUGAUGCGGUUCCUAGCCCGCGAAGACAUCCUAUUCGGUAUCAAGGUCGGCAUUGGGGCUGUGCUCUGGGCACAAUUCGCCUUCAUACCCGCCACGAGACCCCUGUACCAGCAGUGGCGAGGAGAAUGGGGUCUGCUGUCGUACAUGAUUGUCGUGGGUAUGACGACUGGCGCGUCAAACACGACAUCUACAUCUCGUCUCAUCGGCACCCUCAUCGGCGCAGCAUGCGCCUGCGUGUCAUGGCUAGCGAGCCAAGGCAACGCGUACGUCCUCGCCCUAUGCGGGUGGCUGAUGGCGCUCUGGAACUUUUACAUGAUUCUCGUCGUCAAGAACGGCCCACUGGGUCGCAUCGCCCUCCUAGCGUAUAACGUCAUUGUCCUCUACGCAUACAGUAUAUCCCUAGACGUGGACGACGACGACGACGACGAAGGCGGCAAGAACCCGCUCAUUUUCAACAUUGCCUACCACCGAGUCGUGGCCGUGGUGCUGGGCAUCAUCUGGGGCAUGAUUAUCUGCCGGCUGCUCUGGCCGAUAUCCGGCCGCAAGAAGUUCAAGGAGGGCCUGUCGGUGCUCUACCUCCAGCUGGGGCUGAUUUGGAAGCGAGGCCCGCUGAGCAUUCUCCUCAAGAGUAACAACACGCUGGAUUACAUGAAGGAAGGGGAGCAAGAAGCCCUCCAGCGAUACGCGUUCAAGCUGGAAACCCUGCGCAACUCGGCCAAGUCGGAAUUCGAGCUGCGCGGGCCCUUCCCCGACGCGGCCUACGCCCGCAUCAUGCACUCGACCAAACACAUGCUCGACGGCUUCUACGCGAUGCGCCUCCUGACGCAGCGCCACGAGACGGUGUCGGCGGGCGAGCGCGCGCUGCUCGUCUUCACCGCCGAAGAGCGUGUCCGGCUGUGCCAGCGCAUCUGCCACGUGCUGCAGGUCCUCGCGUCGUGCAUCAUGCUCGAGUACCCGCUCACGGAUGCCAUUCCAACAAUCGACUCGGCAAAGGACCAGCUGCUAGGCAAGAUGUACCAGUUCCGCAAGGAACACAUGCGGAGUCAAGAGGACGACGGUUCCAACAAGAGAAUGGAGGCGGUUGAGGAGAAGGACUACGCGCUGCUGUACGCGUACACGCUUGUUACCGCGCAGGUGGCGGCCGAGUUGAAAAAGGUGGAGAGAGAGAUUGAGAGUCUGUUUGGUGUUUUGGGCGAAGAUGAGCUGCUGCUGGAAUAG